AUGACCUCCCCAAUCUCUCGUACUGUCCCCUUCGGGGUGACAUACGAAAAAAUUGGAACGAUACAGAGAAGAUUAGCAUGGCCCCUGCACAAGGAUGACACGCUUUCCCGGAGUGGUAGACCUACGGGUCUCAAUAUUUAUUUUCCUCUUUGCUGCGAUGGGCGUCUGGUUGGGUGGGGUGCGUGA